ACCAGCGACACAGACUCGACGGUAAUUAUUAGUAACCUGAAGCCACUGGCACGGCGCAGCUGAGCAGGUUUGAAAAACAUCCUCUCAUCCCUCCAUCAACAACUUCCACUUCAUUCCUCUCCCAUCAACCCGCCGCGCCAUCACACUCGUUUCACGCCUCCAUUUCAAUUGAAUUCACCCUCCCAAUCGCCGGGGCACGACAACACACGUUAUUAUUCACUUCUUCCCCGCGACCGAUUUCACCACCAGCACUCCCUACGCGGCUUUCCACCACUCGAGAGCCGUCUCCCUAUCGGAGAUUUUCCAACAGCACACCAAACAUUGUUCCUUCGUUAAAACCAUAGAAAAAGCACCCUCAAAAUGGGUCUCGGUCACCACUACCGCUCAGUGUCGACGAACGACGAGUCGUUCCCGCUCGCCGAAAAGGAGGCGCCCGUGAAAUCCGGAUGGGGAAAACAGUCCAUCCUCCUCUCUCUAGCGACAGGCACACUAUUCGUGGCAGUUAUUGCCGCCGUCCUGGCCACGGUCUCCUCUGCCGUUGUCUCAUAUCACUCAUCGGGAGCCACGACCACCGCAACGGCCAGCGCCGCAGCCGACGCCGCGCUGGCCACGUCCACCAAGACCGGGGCCACGACGCUUCCCACGGUGGUGUUGGGCGAAGGAACCGAGCUGAGCACCGACGGCCAAAUCAUCCCGUCGGCAGACACGAUUGAAAACUGCGGAUAUUCGCCGAAAGAGGCGCGCGAAAAGGGCUGCGUCUUCGACGUCAUGAUGCAGCUGUGGACACCCGCCGCCUGCUUCGACGAGGUCCUUUCCAACCGUUUCCUCGAGGUCGGCAACUGGACCUGGUACGCGGACCCCUCGGCCACAAAGGCUUAUACUCUGGAAGAGAUGCGCCUGGGUGAACACGACGCCGUCUAUGUUGCCCAAGAUUACCACAUCACUCACUGCAUCUACGCCUGGGAAAUGUUGGUCCGCGCCAUGAGGAACCAGAGCCCUCUGAUCACCGAGUUGAUCUCCUACGACCACGUUAUUCAUUGCCGUCACAAGACUCUGCAGAGAGCAGACGGCGGCGCUUCCAUUCGCGGCGUCCGUGCCCCGACUGGUUAUACCCAGUGCGCUCCCUAUGAUACCUGGAAGUACCACCUUCCUCCCAACGAGCACUCCUCCACCGAGUAAACUCCCGGAUUUAUGAACUUUCACACAAUUCUUUUUGUUGUAUAUAUCUUCCGGGAGCACGAUAGCAUGGGAUGGAAUGGAAUGGGUCGGUUUGGGUUGUCCCAGCUUUUGAAAACGUAGAGUUGCGCGGGGGAGUUGACUCGAAAGAACAAUUACAUUUCUGUCAUUUUUUGGAGUCCGUUCUUUUAUCAUGUCAGUCACACUCCUAGCCAGUCAAAUCAUAUAAUUCAUGAAUUAUUCUUCAAAUGAGUUCAUUUUCGGUUCUACUGAUGGAAAACCAACCACAUAGGGUUUUUGCUGGUGUGUCAUAGUCCUGUUCAGUACUCUACCAAUAUCAAUUCUGCGCGAGCUGGGAUUGUCUACUAGGAGGCCAUAAUAGCCGCAUAUCCAACUUCGCCUUUUGCGACGUUACGGUAUUCCAAUCAGGCUAGAUCCAAGAUCCAAUUCGCACCUUGUCCAUCUGCCCCAGUACCAGGUCUAGUGACCGAAGGCAGUCCGUCCAACGAGCUGGCCAGAGCCUCGGACGGCCUCGUGCCCAUCCACACCGGUUCACUCAUGUCCAACCCUUCCUGGAUAUCCCAACAAUCCAGCCCGACGCUGUAGAUGACGCGACCGUGGAGAUGGCGAUCGCGCACGCCUCGUUCGUAUCCUUUUUCAUACCAGAUGGG